ACUCGAAAACAUGGUGGAUCCUUUUGUUUUGGCGGUCAUCUCUUUUGAAAUUCUCACUACACUCUCUCUCUAUCUCUGGUACUCUAUCAAACCCUAAACCUCGACAAAUUCAAAUUGCACCACAAAUGAAGACGAAGACGCCAUUGAAGCAGCUCAAGCUCUCACUUCCUGCUCAAGAAACUCCCAUUACUAGCUUCUUGAGUGCGAGUGGUACGUUUCAAGAUGGUGAUCUGAUGCUAAACCAGAAAGGAUUGCGCCUUAAAUCUGCAGAUAAAGCAACUCGUCAAUCUGAUGCCAAAGAGCUUGACUUUCAAGUUAAGCUGGAAGAUCUUGAGACUGUUAAGGUCAUUGGCAAGGGAAGUGGCGGAGUUGUUCAGCUUGUUCGGCAUAAAUGGGUUGGAAAACUAUUUGCUCUGAAGGUCAUCCAAAUGAACAUACAAGAGGAGAUCCGUAAACAAAUUGUGCAGGAGUUGAAAAUUAAUCAGUCAUCUCAAUGUCCUCAUGUAGUUAUAUGCUACCAUUCCUUUUACCACAAUGGAGCAUUCUCUCUUGUUCUAGAGUAUAUGGACCGUGGUUCUUUGGCAGAUGUCAUUAAACAAGUCAAUACAAUCCUUGAACCUUACCUUGCAGUUGUUUGCAAGCAGGUGUUACAAGGUCUUGUAUACUUGCAUAAUGAAAGGCAUGUCAUACAUAGGGAUAUGAAGCCUUCCAAUCUGUUAGUAAAUCACAAAGGAGAAGUAAAGAUUACCGACUUUGGUGUUAGUGCAAUGCUAGCUAGCUCAAUGGGUCAACGUGACACAUUUGUUGGGACCUACAACUACAUGUCGCCAGAGAGAAUUAGUGGAAGCUCUUACGACUAUAGCUGCGACAUUUGGAGUUUGGGUUUGGUUAUGUUGGAGUGUGCCAUUGGGCGCUUUCCCUACAUACAAUCUGAAGAUCAGCAAAGUGCACCGAGCUAUUUUGAGCUUUUAGCAGCAAUUGUGGGAAGCCCAGCACCUUGUGCCCCAUCAGAUCAGUUUUCUCCAGAGUUUUGUUCCUUUAUAUCUGCCUGCAUACAAAAGGACCCAAAGGACAGAGGGACAUCUUCAGACCUUCUGAAACAUCCUUUCAUCAAAAAAUUUGAAGACAAAGAUAUUGAUUUGGGGAUUUUGGUUGGCAGUUUAGAACCCCCUGUAAAUUUUCCGAGAUAAGUUUUCUCAGCUUUUGUAAUAUUGUAGCUAAUGUAACAGAAGUAACUAUUAUACUAUGUGAAAGUAUGCUGGUUGGGACUUAUAAAUCAAGCUAGUAAUCAUUUUUAUUUACAAUCA